UCCCCACUGAUGAUGAUGAUGAUGAUGAUGAUGGGGGUUAGAGGCGUCUUCCUACUCCUCCCAGUCUUCCUGCUUGGACUUACGAUUCCAUCAAUGGCCACAUACGUCACAGAACUUCAAGUGUCCUUUGAUAAUGCUGAAGGGCAACAAUUUCGAUCACAAGGCUUCAACAAAAUCGAUCUUGAUCUGAACAAACGAGCAGGAGGAAAGUUCAUCUAUCUUUGGUACAAACGUGGAUCAGUGCCCAUCACCAAGGUUCAAGUUUCCUUCAACGAUCAGCAGGAUGUUGGUUUGUCAAAUGCAGGGUACACAAAGAUCGAGAAAGAUCUCAAUUCUGGAGCAGGAGGUAGUUGGCUCUACCUUUGGUCUGUCAAAGGGUCCGGAGAGUUUGAUACUCCCAUAGUGGACAUCACUGUCACUGCAGGCAAUGAUGCUGAAAUGUUUGGUCUUGGUUGGGAGAGAGUGGCCUGUGAUCUGAACCGCAAGGCUGGUGGGGACUGGAUCCACAUCUGGCUGAAGAGAGAGGCACAAACCUACAUCUGUGAUGUCACAGUCACUGAUUCCUUUGGGUCAGACCACGCCCACUUUAGGUCAGGUUACAUCCGUGUGGAUGAAGAUACCAACAGAGGUGCAGGAGGAGCCUUUGUCUUCAUCUGGUACCGUCAGACCACCGACCGCAGGAAGGCACUCAAAGAUCUGCAAGUCUCCAUCACUGAUGGUCAGUAUCAGCAAUAUCAGCAGCAAAAUUACCAGCAAGUGAGGGUUGACCUGAACGAAGGGAAUUCAGGUGUCCUAGAGUACCUGUGGUACAAGAAACAAGGAACCAACAAUCCAAUAAAGGCCAUCACCCUGCUUCCCCACAAAGAUCUGGUUGCAGAUUAUGAUAGGAGGGCUGGUGUCACCGUUAUCAAGAAAGAUCUCAACACGGGCAACAGCGGCAGAUAUGAGAACCUGUGUUUCUAUCAGUGAAGGCAGAGCUGAGAGUUCUCAACACUCACUGAAGUGGAACGCAUAGUCUAACAAUUUUGUUAAAUCAUUCUGUGAUGGCCACUAUUUUUUGCUUUUUAAAUCAGUGCUAGUAAUAAUGGAAAGUAUGAAUAUUUCAUGCGUUCUUAUGUUAAUCUCCCUGUCAAUGAAAUCAAACUAUUCCACAUGUCUGCUUUUCAAAUAUAAUCUGAACGAAUGAUUACAUUUUAAGGCACUGUUUCACUUAUACUGCACAUUUCUGCUCUCAAUAAAGAUAACU